UUUGGUGGCCCCAUACCCAACUUCAGUGUUCCCACCCCCCUUCGCUGGCUCUGUACCCAAUUUUGGGGUAAUUAUGGGGAAAAUUCAGACCCCCCCCACCCCUAUUUCCACCCCCAGGUUGGAAUUUGAGAACCAGAAGACCCGGCUGGGCAUCCAGCUGGACUUCGAGCGCAACCAGCUGCGGGAGGACCAGGAGAAGGUGCUGAUGUGGGAGCAGGGCGUGCGCAAGGACGAGGCCGAGAUCGAGAAGCUGAAGAAGGAGGAGCAGAGGCACAUGAAGAUCAUCGACGAGACGAUGGCGCAGCUGCAGGACCUGAAGAACCAACAUUUGGCCAAGAAGUCGGAGGUCAACGACAAGAACCACGAGAUGGACGAGAUCCGCAAGAAGCUGGGCGGGGCCAACAAGGAAAUGACCCACCUGCAGAAGGAGGUGACGGCCAUCGAGACAAAGCUGGAGCAGAAGCGCAGCGACCGCCACAACCUGCUGCAGGCCUGCAAGAUGCAGGACAUCAAACUGCCCCUCUCCAAGGGCACCAUGGACGACAUCAGCCAGGAAGAGGGCAGUGGUGGUGGGGAGGAAGCAGGCAGCGGCUCUCAGCGCUCCUCCAGUCUCUACGCCCGCGAAGCACUGAUAGAAAUCGACUACAGCGACCUGCCUGAGGAGCUCAAGGUGCGACGGCCCUUUAAGGCAGGCCCCGCCCACCUCCCCCCGCAAGCCACGCCCACUUCUUAUAAAGCCCCGCCCAUUUACCUACCAUUCCUCUGGUCCCCAUAUAGAGCCACCCUUUGGCCACUCCCACUACUCAUUUAGGCCACACCCACUUUUCUAUGCCCCCCCACUCAACUUAAGCCCCUCCCACUCCGCAUUCAGGCCCCUCCUCCUUUACUAUGGCCCCUCCCCCUCCAUUUAGACUCCACUCCUUUUUACUGGGGCCACGCCCCCAUUACCAUAAGCCCCACCCACCUCUUCCUGCCUAUAAGUGAGCCCAGUUUUGGAAGCCACGCCCCCUUGGUUCUGACCACGCCCCUUCACGCAAGCCACACCCCACUCCAUUCAUUCCUAUGGGUGGACUCUGGGAAAGCCACACCCCCUAGAAUGAGGCCACGCCCUCUCCCACGAGCCCCGCCCACUCGCAUUCAUUCCUAUGGGUGACAUUGGUCCCUCCCACCCCACACUCAAGCUCCGCCCCCUUCCCACUAGCUCCGCCCUCUCCAUUCUUUCCUAUGAUGGACAUGAUCAGUACAAAGCCCCGCCCCCUUGAGUGAAGCCCCGCCCCCUCCAUUCAUCCCCA